AUGAACUGGAGGCUUCUCAGUGGCAUUGCCCUUGCCUGGCGCCUUUUCUCACAUGUCUCCUGUCAUGGCACGACCAUCUCAAUCGGGGUCAGCUAUUGUCCUGCGACAUACACGAGCUCAAGCACCAGCAGCGCCGCUUCGACGACACCUACUAUUACCCCUGGAGAACCAGUUUAUCUCACAUUCUCCUUUGGUGGUUUCCCCGAAUACCUCGACGCCGAUGGAACAGUCACUAGUAAUAUACAGCAGGCCGACGUGUUUGCUAUCUCAACCGCUGGGCAGCUGAUGAGCGGGAGCGAUUAUGUGUCAACCUCUGGAGACGUUCCCUCGCAGCCAUUCGCGGUUUCGCCAGACUCACCGGUCCUGAGGAGGGUGCCUCGGGUUUCUACGCUCUUCUCCAUAACACAGAGCGGCGUCCUUGUCUGGACGAACGACGAAUUCGUUGGUGGACAGGCUAUCUUCUGUGUCUCCGGCUCGAAUCUUCUUGUCGUUUUCAACGGCGUACCGCCACAAGGAUGUAUUGUUGUACAAAUCGCGGUCAUUCCUGCAACGAGGUCCCAUCCAUCGACGAGUUCUUCGAUGACAACUUUACCCCAGACAAGCAAAAUCAGCACCUCGGUCAUAACAACGUCGACGGAGUCUCUGUCGACCACUUCAGCGUCAGUGUCUGGCAGUGCUAUUUCCACGUCCACCACUCUCUCGGUCUCGGAAUCAUCAGCUUCUACCCCAGGCACAUCAAUGUCUUCUCUCUCAACGACCGAUGUAACAAGCGCGUCAUCAGGACCUGGAUCUUCCUCGAGCCCGGCAACUUCAUCGACAACGAUUUCUACAUAUCCAGCUCCGACAACGACCGGAACUCCGAACUGCUAUGACCGCUCGCCGUUCGACGGCACAGUUAAUAAUGGUUAUCUGAUUUUGUGCGACACCGACCUCCCGGGGUUUGAUCUUGAUGUGGUCGCGGCCUCUGAUAUCGCCGAGUGCAUUGAUGCGUGCAACUCGUACGUCCCAGGAUCCCAGGGGCCUUGUGUUGCGGUCGCCUUUGAUAUUCUUGCCGAUACCGACCCGUGCCAUCUUAAAUACGAUAUUGGCACUGUUAAUAGAGGAGCCGACUCAUUUGCGCAAACAGCCAUUGUUGUCAACGAGCCAUAUUCUCCCGAUAUUGUCUUUUCCGACACUGGAAUUUCUAGCAGCACAACAAGCACGACCGAGUCGUCGACCGUCAUCCCUGCAACGCCCACCACGGCAAAUGAUAUGGACACUACCAUCAGUUCAUCUUCAGUUCUACUAACCAGUCAGAGUACUUCUGUUUACCUUCAAUCCACUUCAAGUACGCAGCAAGCUCUGCCGACCACUAGCUCCGUUGUUAGCCAGUCGUCUAUAAUGUCAACGGCAGCAACGGUGAGCAGCCAGACGAGCCCCAGUAUUAACCCUGCGAGCUCGUCAGGACCAACCACGCCCUCGACUAGCCAACCGCAGUCCAGCACAAUGACCAUCCCAGGGAGUUCUUUCACUUCUCCAGCCAGCUCGAGUCCUCCCGGCUCUUCUACUAGCUCAAUUUCUCCCAGCACUUCUUCCCGCGUGAAUCCUCUCAGCUCGUCUUCCAGCUCGAAUCCUCCGAGCCCUUCACCUAGCUCAAGUCGUGCCAGCUCUUCCACCAGCUCAAUUCCUCCCAGCUCUUCACCCAUUUCACAGUCGCCGACUUCGUCACCCACCUCGGUUGGCACUAGCCUACUCUCCACGUCGCAGCCAGGCUCUUCAGGACCUGCCACUACUAGUCAAUCCACUUCACAUCCAAGUUCGUCGCCCCCGAGUACCUCGCUGGCUGCUUCCUCGCACAGUAGCAGCUCAAGCACCACUGUCGCUCUUGUAUCCACAACCACAGCCUCGUAUUGCUCGGCUACGCCAACGACGACCAACCUUUGUCCCACGUACAACCACCAAGCACUAAAUGUUAACAGCGACGGCUACUGCUACGAGGUCGAGUGUGCGACAGGGUUGCAGGGAAAUGUUAUGACCGCCAACUCCACGACGGCCACUUCGCUCAAGAAUUGCAUCGGCUACUGCACCAACUACAAUGUUGCGCUGCCAUAUGGAUGUGUGGGCGUUGGCUAUCUUGGUUCGUCAAGUGGAUCCAAUCCCAACUGUCUGCUGCUGUCCAGUAUAACCGGGACGAUGUCCAAUGCGAACGUCGACAGUGCUCGCCUGAUUUAUGCUGGAUACCCAUCCAUCAACGAUCCAAUCUUCACAACCACGACUACUACCACUACCACAAAGGCGCCAGUGUCAACACCUUCAUCGUCGCUUGCUCCGUCGUCCUCCGGAAGCACAUCUACAACAUCAUAUGUGCCUUCGAGUUGCGGGACUGCUCCAACUGGAUCAGCAUCGGCGUGCCCAGGAAAUUCUCCCGCUUGCUAUUCCUACAAUUUCCUCGGCAACAGUGCGAACUUCGAGAUAGAAUGUGCUACGGCCUUUACGGGUUCAACGUCACAACCGCUGCUGACAUUCGACCUGACAGAUUGCAUCAACCAGUGCCAGUAUGCCAAUGCACUUCGGGCCAACAGUUGUCUCGGAGUGACAUUCAUGGUCACAAGCGUGAGUCAAGGAUCAGUCAACAACUGUUUCCCUUACUCGACUCUGACUUGUGCUACUCGGGGCAAUGUUACCUACAAUAGCGCACGGAUGCUUUAUGCUGGAUAUCCCCAGAUGACCGAUUAUAGUGACCCGACUUUCGUGUGUCCUGCUUCGUCGACAACAACGUCUACCAUCGCCGCAACGUCUUCAUCAAGCGUAGGUACUUCGGGAGGAGUGGCGACAACAACGACCGUGGCACAUUCAAGCAGUACGGUUUCUACAUCUUCGACGACGGAUCUUUCUCAGGCGACUUCCACGAACUUCCCACUUGCCUACCCUCAAGAUCCCAUCUGCAACAACAACCUCAUGUCGACAUACGAAGGUGGGCAACUCUCGGUCAAUCCCAUCCAGGGUCGUUAUUACGACAUCGAAUGUGCAUCGGAUUACACCAAUCCGGGCAAUAACCCUUUUGGAGCCACAACACAGCCGACCUAUGACAGCUGCGCGAACCAAUGUGACAUCGCCGCCGCGCAAAGCAUUCCGUGCUAUGCAUUUUCAUGGAUAGCCAGUUCUGGCCUGUGCACCCUCUUCGGCCGAGUGAGCAACGGCGUCCAACUGACAACCAAUAUGACCAAUACCAACGGCAUCCACUCAGGCCGAUGGCUCUCCACGACGGUCGGCAGCACCACAACUCCUCAGCCUCUGCAACUGUACCUCGCGAGGCCGAUUCCAUUCCCCGUGGGCCCGCUCGCCGCGAACUCCCAGACCACCCGCGACUACCCCGGCGGCACCAACACGUAUUUCAACAGCUGGUCCGACUCGUCGCACGCCACCGUCCUCGACCUCUCAUCCCAGUAUGGGAUUCGGUGGGAGAUCUUCGGCCAAGUCCAGUCGACGCUGUGGGUCACGGCCAACUUCUGGUUCACAAACACGCCCCUGGGCGUGACCGCGGCGACGCAGAACCAGUGGAGUGCGGGCUCGCGGAACAACGACGCCGCGCCUAUCUCAUUCCCGGCCAGCACCCUGCCCGGCUACGCGCUCGCGCCGUUCUGGACGUACGGCCACACGCUGGGCGCGUCACAGCAGGGCAUCUACUACCAGGUCGACCUCAUUUCGACCGGCCGCUACGGCGUCUCGAUCGAGUGGUUCUUCAGCCACUACGGGCAGGACACCAAUGUGUUCCAUGCGGUCAUGACCUACGACACGGGCGUCCCCGGCGUGUGGAACACGUAUUUCUUCGUCGCCGGCGCCGCCUCGGGCCAGAACACCGACCAGGGGCUGCGCCAGUCCGUUGGGGGGCAGGGCAACCCGGACAACCCCACGCAGUUCUUCACCUACUGCGCGGGCCAGCAGAACUGCGUCACCCCGGGCGCCAAGAUGACUAUGGACACCACCCAGGUCAACGUCGCCCAGGUCAUGAACUACACCGCCGCCCUGUUCAACCCGGCCACGUACCCCGUGGGCACCUGGACGUGGCAGACCAAGCCGUGUUGCUGA